AUGAGGAGGACUUGGCUUCGCUGCGUCUUGAUCACCCUGAUGGUUCCCGGUGUAGGUGUGGGGCCAGGUUUUCAGCGACUCCUUCCUGUUGCCUGGCCGCUGCUGGCUUCCUCCCGCCUGGGCCUGGGGCUAAGAGUGGAGUCAGGUGGCGUUAGGCAAAGAACGAUGCCGAAAACCUCAAGCGAAACGCGAAUGAAUAAGAUGACUGUGAAGAAUUCUGCAAAAGUAGCCCAGGGACCUGUGAAGCUUGAUAAAAGUGGUUCUGUUUUGGUUGUCAUUCAUGCUAAACCUGGAGCCAAACAAAAUGCCAUAACUGAUGUGUCGGGAGAAGCUGUGGGUGUGGCCAUUGCAUCCUCUCCAUCUGAUGGUGAGGCCAAUGCGGAACUAGUGUGCUAUCUGGCCAAAGUGCUGGCAUUAAAGAAAAGUGAAGUUGUCCUGGACAAGGGUUGCAGAUCACGUCAGAAAGUGGUGAAGAUUCUGGCUUUAUUGACCCCAGAAGAAGUGCAAGAAAUACUCAGGACCACAGCUACUACAAAUUAGUACAAGAAGUAGGGCCUUGAGGCAGAGGAGCAACCUCGAUAAUGAUCUUAGAACCAGACAAUUAAAUGAAAACUUCACUGUCUAAAGAAAAUAUGCAGGAGAUGUCUGUGACCAAUUUGUCUCAUGAGAAGUUGCAUUUGAUGAAUCUUGGAUAACUCUCUCAUGCUAACCAUCAAAUCCAGGUGUGAACAAGUCCAGGUAUAGCUGAUUUUUGUUUUUAAUUUAUAAAUUUGGAACUAUUUGGUUAAUGAACUGCUCAUGACUGUACAUUAAUUCUUGAAUUGCUCAGGAUUACUUUGUGUGGAAAC